AUGAGGUUGCAAGAACUUCAAGAUGCUAUAAACAAACUUCCAUUGAGACAUCCAAUUGACGUCAAAUUGUAUUGGAGAGCAUCUGAGUUAGGUCAGAAGGUUUUAUAUGAAACAGGUUGCUUCGACGAUGUUUAUGAGAUAACAGGAGAAGUUUCUCAGAAGAUAAGAGACUCACUUGAAUUUCCACAAACUGGACCAAUUGGUUGCGACAAGUUCGACUCAGAUGAAAAGAUAUACUAUGUCGACCUUAACGCUGCGUACAUGAGGUUUGUCCAAUAUAUUCCGACUGGAAUUCCAAACGAAGAUGGUGAGUUCCCGGGAAGGAACUAUACAGUUGGAAAAGUCAUACAACAACUGUAUGAUAUUAGGAAAGCUUCAAACCCCAAACUUGCAAUGACACUCAAAUUGCUUAUGAAUUCGACAUGGGGAUAUUCCAUUAAGAAACCUCAAGAGAUGAAGAGUAAACAUUAUGAGAAGGUCGACAACUUUGUUGAAAGGUUUUCUCCUUUUGUUUUGAAGUACGAAUUCACUCAAGGUCAAAGUGGCUUAGUAACCACAUUAAAACCUAUUGUCGAACAUUGGUCUUACCCUCAGUUCGCAAAGGCAGUACUUGA